CCGCGCGCAGGUGCCUGAUUGGCUCGACGCCACCACCUCCAACUCCAUCGCUCUUGUCGACAUCUUCAACCUCUCUUUUUUCUUUUCCUUCGUUCCUCGGGCUGGCAGCUGGCGUUUUGUUUUGAAUUUAGAUAUCCCGAGGCGCGCACGAUAUACAUCAGCAGAAGGACCAGUAUCCACGAUCGCCAUGCCUCUCGACAUCGAAGAGAUUCUUCGACAAAAGAAGGCGGCCGCUGCUGCGGCUGCAAAGCCUCGAUUCAUUCCCAAAGCCCAACGAGAGAAGCUUGCCGCAGAAAAGGCAGCAAAGGAUAAAGAAGACGAGAAGAAGAAGCUUGCCAGCGACGCGGCGCGCAGAAAGGAAGAAGAGAAGAAGUGGGAGGCGAGAUCAAACGGGGCGCCCAAUAAGAACGGCUCUACAGCAAUCACACCAUACGCCAACGAGAUUGUUCCGACAGGGCCGCGGACGUCAAACGGCACAGAUGAUCGAUCUCGAGAUGGAAGGGACGGUAAAGGCCGCAGAGAUGGCGCCAAAAAGGCCGAAAAGUCUUCAAAGAACAAGCAGUCUGCCGAAACGAUCGAAGCCGACCUGUUACGAACGCGAUAUCUCGGCCCCGAAGUAAACCAGCACUCGAAUUUCUCUGCCAAGAAGAAGCGCAUGCGAACAACAGAAAAGAAAUUCAACUUUGAAUGGGAUUUGGAUGACGAUACAUCACGACUCAGCGAAUCACAAGGCGCCGGUGCCGGUGGCGGCGCGAUGGGCUUUUCGUUCUCUGGUAUCGGCGGCGAGUUCGAUGAAGGUGCCGAGGAACGCGCACGAAAGCGAGCCCGACUGGUCGAAGAGCGUGACGCCGAAAACGGAAAAGAGCGAGCCAAGGGUAUUAUGGAAGACUUCUUCAGAGCAAGAGACCGGGCACGAGACAGAGCCGAACGAACUGGCCUUGGCCGUCACUGGUCCGAGAAGAAGCUCGACGAGAUGCGCGAGCGCGAUUGGAGAAUCUUCAAGGAAGACUUUGGUAUUUCUACAAAGGGUGGCACGCUGCCGAAUCCCAUGCGCAGUUGGCAGGAAUCCGGACUACCGCCCAGAAUAUUGGACAUUGUCGACAAAGUUGGAUACAAGGAGCCGUCUGCUAUUCAGCGUGCCGCUAUCCCCAUUGCUCUACAGGCCCGUGAUCUUAUCGGUGUUGCCGUGACCGGUUCCGGUAAAACGGCUGCUUUCCUUCUUCCCCUCCUCGUCUAUAUUUCUGAUCUCCCUCCACUGACCGAAGUCAACAAGAACGACGGUCCUUAUGCCCUCAUUCUCGCCCCUACUCGUGAACUUGUCCAGCAGAUUGAGACAGAAGCGCGCAAGUUUGCAGAGCCUCUUGGAUUCAGAUGUGUCAGCAUCGUCGGUGGUCACUCUCUGGAAGAGCAGGCAUUUGCUCUCCGCAAUGGUGCCGAAAUCGUUGUCGCCACGCCUGGUCGUCUGGUCGAUUGUAUCGAGAGACGCCUUCUCGUGCUCUCGCAAUGUUGCUACGUCAUCAUGGAUGAAGCCGACAGAAUGAUUGACCUCGGUUUUGAGGAGUCUGUCAACAAAAUCCUCGACGCUCUACCUGUAUCCAACGAGAAGCCAGACACUGACGAUGCCGAAAAUGCACAGCUCAUGAAGCGCUACCUCGGAGGCAGAGACAAAUACCGCCAAACCAUGAUGUACACAGCCACUAUGCCACCGCUCGUGGAAAAGAUUGCCAAGAAGUACCUGCGUCGCCCUGCCAUUGCUACGAUUGGUAACGCUGGUGAAGCCGUCGACACUGUCGAGCAGCAGGUCGAGUUCGUCGCUGGCGAAGAUGCCCGCAAGAAGAGACUGCAGAAGAUCCUGGCAAGCAACAUGUUUGCGCCGCCCAUCAUCGUCUUUGUCAACAUCAAACGAAACUGUGACGCUGUCGCUCGCGAUAUCAAGUCCAUGGGCUGGUCUGCCGUCACACUACACGGUUCCAAAACACAGGAGCAGCGUGAAGCAGCGCUGGCGUCGGUGCGCUCUGGUCAGACACAAGUCCUGGUUGCUACCGAUCUCGCUGGUCGUGGUAUCGAUGUCGCUGACGUCUCUCUCGUCGUCAACUUCAACAUGGCCACCAGUAUCGAGAGCUACACCCAUCGUGUUGGUCGUACCGGUCGUGCGGGCAAGAGCGGAACAGCCAUUACGUUCCUGGGCAGCGAGGAUGCAGACGUCAUGUACGAUUUGAAACAGAUGCUGAGCAAGAGCACACUAUCCAAGGUCCCAGAAGAGCUGCGCAAGCACGAGGCCGCACAGUCCAAGCCUACGCGCGGUAGCAGGACACACAAGGAUAGAGAUGAGAAUCCUGGAGAAGCACGUGGCGGUGGUGGUGCAGGAAGAGGCGACCCAUCUGGCGGUGGUUGGCAGUAAUGACCAUAUAUCUGGCGUUUGUAAUUGUAAAGGGAAUAUGAAAAGGUAUAUUAACUCUUUUAAUAUGAAUAAUACGACGCCUGUGCGACUUCAUGUAGCUUUGUUUAGCUUUGAUGUUGUUGUCGUUCCUUGACGCUCUUGUUAUAAUCGGCCCACUGGUCUGGCUUUAUAUUCCCAAAUAUAUCUUUAAACUGCCGAAGCAAGUCAUCAUGGCCAGCCAGUAGUGUUUCUGCUCCUUCCAAGGCCUCCUUCACGACGUCGGGCUGGAAUUUGCUGUCGACGGCCUUCUUCGCAAGAGCAUUAAGCUUAUCAUUGGUAUCUUUGUCUAGACCCUCCUAGCGACAAGAACGAUAAACUAGCCAUGCUACUCGAUAUCUUGCUUCAGAAAAAGAGACGGCCUAUUCUGACAUCAUAAGAAUGCUUGAACCGGUUCAUAGCAGCCUUUGGAUCAAUCUCAGGGUGGUCCGCCUGCAGCUGCUGUACAACCUUCUCCUGGCGCUCUAGCGCCUCUUCACGAGAAGGCUAUAUAGCUUCCCUUAUAUUCUCAGCCAUAUCUUCACAAUGCUUAGAAGAUAGAUUCUGAAUGGACGUUUGCUUCUGGGUUAUUUGACGGUUGUUCUGUCGAACUGUUCCUGCGCCGUUGCCUGGAGUUUGUGGCUUCAUCUACGGAAUCGCGGGGUGACUCACAUGACUUGAAAUCCAAAAAGAGGCAUUUGGACCACUUUCGUGAAAGUGAGGCUUCUGUCGGUAUGUUCACAGACUGAUGCUAGCCUUAUUUCCGCUAGUGCGAUGGAGGGACCUUCGUGCUGAAUCCUUCGAGUGACCGCUGUUCGAAGCUCGAGCAUGACAGUAAUCCAUGGUGGCCUAGUGGUUAAGGCGCCCAUUCACUUGUGUCUGGGAAACGCGGGUUCGAGUCCCGUCAGAGGAGCUCUUUUUUAAAUUACUCUAUUCUUUUUUUAACCUUCAUUUCGUAGUAUACAAUAUAGAGUUGGCCAAAACAAUGGUUCUGUUGCGAAGGUGGACGGCGGGC